CCGCAAGUACAAUGACACUAUGUAGAUAGGCUCGUCCCCUGUAAUAAGUCCUUUUUUUUGCAAGAUCCUCUGUAAUAAGUCUUGAACACUUGCCAUGAAUGGUCCGUUCAUCGGGAGACGUGGUAUGGUGGACGAAGCGCAUCUCGGCGCUGGCGAGGAGCGGGCGCGCGGCGGAGGCCGUCGCGGAGUUCGCCAGGAUGGACGCGGCGCCGAACGCGCUGACGCUCGCGAGCGUCCUCCCGGCCUGCGCCAGGCUGCGGAGCCUCGCGCUGGGGCGGGCCAUCCACGGGUUCUGGCUCCGGCGAGGCGGCGGUCCCGGCGCGAACCCGAUCCUGGACAACGCCGUGCUGGACGUCUACGCCAAGUGCGGGGCCCUCCGCAGCGCGCGCCGCCUGUUCGACGGAAUGCCCGAGCGAGACGUCUUCUCCUGGACCGCGCUGGUGUGGGGUCUCGCGAGGAGCGGCAGCCCGCAGGACGCCGUCGCCAUGUUCCGGGCGAUGCUCUCCGACGGGGAGGCCGCGCCGAACGAGGCCACCGUGGUCAGCGUCCUGCACGCCGUGGCGUGCACCGGCUCUCUGGCAUGUGGCAAGGUGCUGCACUCGUACGCGCUGAAGCGGGGGCUCGGCGGCGAGCAGGUCGUCGGCAACGCGCUGACCGACGCCUACGCCAAGUGCGGGGAGGCCCGGCUGGCGCUCGAGGUGUUCGACCUGCUUCCCGACAAGGAGGACCUGGUGUCCUGGGGCACCGUCAUGAGGGCCAUGGCCGUGCACGGCCGGUGCAGGGAGGCGCUGCAGCUCUUCUCUCUGAUGCUGCGCCGCGGGGUUCGGCCGGACGGCGCCGUGUUCCUGGCGUUGCUCUAUGCCUGCUGCCAUGUUGGGCUGGCGGACCAGGCGCUGCACAUCUUGGGAGCCAUGAGGAGGGUGUACGGCAUCGCGCCGUGGAGGGAGCACUACACCUGCGUGCUCGACGCCUGCGGCCGAGCCGGGCACCUUGACGGAGCUGCAGAAAUCUUCAGGCGGAUGCCUAUGAAACGCGAUCGGCAAGUCCUUGGAGCUUACUGCUCCUAUGCAAGCUCGAGUAAAGUGAACGGCGCCUCCGGCGAACGCUUCUGGGAGAGGAUUCUCGACAGAGAAGUGGACGCCGGAGGGGGCACGUACGCGCUCAUGUCCAAGUCGAUGGCUAGUGCAGGACAGUGGGACGAUGCUUGUGCUGUCAGGGAGACGAUGGCUGCAAGAAGGAUCGACAAGGCUGCUGCUUGCACUUGGAUAGAAGUGUAACAGCAGCCUUACUCGCACCACCAUCUAACAAGCAACCUUUUACCAUCCAUGAAACCCCGUAGGGACGAUCUUUAUGUAAGGAUCCAUUUCAGAUAAACAAAUGAACAAUCAAGAGCUAUCAAGAAUUUGCUGUUAAAUUGAUGCUCAUCUGGCAUCAGUAUACAACUGGACGGAUUAAGUUUGGUUCGUCAGAUCCAUA